GCGAGCUGGAGCUGAGCGGCGGCGGGAGGGCGGCAGGGAUACGGUGGUGGCAUGGCUUCGUCGCAAGGGAAGAACGAGUUGUGGUUCGCCGACUGGAUGGCAGCUCUGCCCAGCAGCAUCCACCGCACCCCGCUCACCAACCUGGCCAUCCCAGGGUCUCAUGACUCUUUUAGCUUCUACAUCGAUGAAGCCUCUCCAGUUGGGCCUGAACAGCCAGAGACGGUCCAGAAUUUUGUGUCUGUUUUUGGGACUGUGGCUAAAAAGCUGAUGAGGAAGUGGUUGGCUACACAGACCAUGAACUUCACCAGCCAGCUGGGGGCAGGUAUACGGUAUUUUGAUCUUAGAAUUUCCACCAAGCCCAGAGACCCAGACAAUGAACUCUACUUUGCUCAUGGUUUAUUCAGUGCCAGAGUCAAGGAGGGUCUGGAAGAGAUCAGUGCGUUUCUCACUGACCACCCAAAAGAAGUGGUCUUCUUGGACUUCAAUCACUUCUAUGGAAUGCAGAAACACCAUCAUGAAAAGCUUGUCCAAAUGCUCAAAGACAUGUACGGAAACAAAAUGUGUCCUGCUAUAUUUGCCCAUGAAGUAACUCUCCAGUACUUGUGGGAAAAGGAACACCAAAUACUGGUGUUCUAUCACAGUCCAGUGGCUCUCGAGGUACCAUUUCUUUGGCCAGGUCAGAUGAUGCCAGCUCCCUGGGCAAACACAACAGAUCCAGAAAAACUGAUUCAAUUCCUCCAGGCAUCAAUCACUGAAAGAAGAAAGAAGGGCUCCUUUUUUAUAUCUCAAGUAGUGCUGACACCAAAGGCUAGUACAGUGGUGAAAGGGAUUGCUAGUGGUCUCAGAGAAACAAUCACAGAAAGGGCUCUUCCUGCAAUGAUGCAGUGGGUCCAAACUCAGAAACCAGGAGAAAGUGGUGUGAAUAUUAUCACUGCAGAUUUUGUAGAACUUGGUGACUUUAUCAGCACAGUCAUAAAGCUCAACUAUGCCCUGGAUGAAGGUGAAGAUGACACUACUUGAUAGUACUGUAAUAUGUUUGUUGUUGCGUUAUUUAGAAUUAAAAAAAAAGAUUGCAUUUUAAAAGAAGUAUCUUGUAAAACACUGAUCUUCCUAUAACACGCUGAGGUGUUUAGGGCUUUAGUAGGUGGGCGUAGGGGAAAUG